AACAACCAAUGAUGGUAAUGUCUCUAGAAGAUUUUUUGAAGAUCCAGAAAUAACCGCUGACAUAACUGGUAUGUUGGUAAAUUCCAUACGUAUUGCAUGGACACUGCAAAAUUAUAUGUAGAGCUUUAUGGCUGGUACUACAUGCCCAUCACUGUGCAUAAAGUUCUCAUUCACGGCAGCAAAAUGGUAUCUGAGGCUAUAUUGCCAAUAGGAAUGUUAUCCGAAGAAGCGCAAAAAGCAAUGAAUAAGGAGUGUAGAAACUGUAGGCUAUUCCAUUCUCGUAAAAAUUCACGUAGUUCUACGAAUGAAGAUGUAAUGCAAUAUUUGCAAAUAUCAUCAGAUCCUUAUAUUAAUUCAUUUAGAAUGAGAAACAAAUUGAAAAAAUUAGAAUACCAUGAUGAUGUUAAAAAAUUAUUGAUUGAAUGAAAAAAAAUAUAUUGUUUUUUUUUUUUUUUAUUGCAUUUCAAUGGGAGGUGGGUGUAUUAGUGGGCGUGUUAUUGUAAUUUUUGCAUGAAACAUUUUAAAUGAUAUAAAUUACAGUAAUAUAGAAUUUGAAGGAUGUAUUUAAUAUAUUUUAGAAAAUAUGGUACUUUUUAUGUUGAGGUAGUAUGGGUGAU